UAUCCUGCUCUUCCUUCUGACGACGCGUCGACGUGCAGUUCCUCGAGGGACUUGAAGAACCAAUGACAUGGGCGAGCCUGAACCCAAGCCAUCUCAACAGUCUACUAGUCUCUUGCAUCGUCUAGCGGGUCCUUCGACGGGAAAGGCGGGCCUAGCCAAAGACCAAGCACAGAUCAACCAGGUUAUCGCUGACGUGUCCAGGGGCUCCAAAUUCUACGAGAAUGAAAAAAGGAAAGACAAGGAGCUUACCAAGAAGAUCGAGGAGUUGUUGAACGAGCGAGAUAAUCUUGUGGCACAAGCAGAUAUCGGAAAGGUGGAAGCGGGUGUGGAUAACAUAAUCCAGAAACUGGAACUUGAACGGGAUCUUACGCAAAUCAUCGUACAUUUUGAUCUUGACUCGUUUUUCGCGAGUGUAGAGGUUCUCAAUGAUCCAACUCUUGCUGGGAAAGCAUUUGCAGUCGGGCACAGUGUCAUAAGCACUAGUUCCUACGAAGCGCGCAAGUUUGGGGUUCGCUCUGGGAUGGCCACGUUCAUUGCCAAGAAACUCUGCCCUCAGCUCAUCUUGGUCUCGCAUGGAUUCUCGGACUACUCCAAAGUCUCAUCCCAAGUCAUGGGCAUCUGCAAGAGAUACGAUCCUCAGAUGUGCCCUGCAGGAUGCGAUGAGGGCUAUCUGAACAUCACCGCAUACUGCCAAGAAAACAAUAUGAGUGCCGAUGAUUGUGUUCAGCACAUGCGAAAGUCUGUAUUUGCAGAAACCAAGCUGACUGUUAGUGCUGGGAUCGCACCGAAUACCAUGUUGGCGAAGAUAUGCUCAGACAAGAACAAACCUAAUGGGCAAUUCCAUCUUCCCUUCGAACGGGACGCCAUCCUGUUGUUUAUGCGCGAGCUUCCUAUCAGACGGAUUCCGGGCAUCGGUCGAGUUUCUGAACGAUUAUUAGAGUCCAUCGGCAUCAAGAACUGCGGGGACAUUUUCAUACACCGUGCUACUUGCUCAUUGCUCGACCACCAUUUCGGGCUUAUCCAUCUACUUCGCACACAUCUUGGCAUCGCAUCUAACUCUGUCCAGCCGCCGCAAAGAGAAGAACGCAAAAGCAUCGGUGCAGAGCGAACUUUUGCGCCGCUUGCCGAUAAGCAGAAGAUUUUUGCUAAGCUCGACGAAGUCUGUACCGAGCUAGAGUCUGACAUGCAGUCCGGGGAAUGGUCGGGCCGAACCGUAACACUCAAGUACAAGUUAGAGAGUUUCCAAGUCUUUACUCGGGCCAAAUCUUGCGAUCGCUGGGUGUCCAAGAAAGACGAACUGUUUGCCAUUGGGCAAGAACUGUUACUUCUGGAGCUACCGAUGACUAUUCGGCUGUUGGGACUGCGAGUGACCAAGUUGAAGGACAUGCGCGAGCCUGAUUCCCCUGUGGGCAUCAAACGAUUCUUCUCUGCUUCAGGGUCGGAAUCGCCUCGCAAGAAACGGAAGGCCUCGGAAGAUUCAGACACGACUGCCCGAGAGUCAGUGAUUGCGUCUGUGUCCCACGCGAACGACUCUUCUGCCAAGCCAGAAUGUAGAUCGGACCAGGAGUGCUUGAUCUGUCCUGUGUGUAGCAAGAAGCUAGGCCUGGGCAACGACGCCUUCAACGCUCAUCUCGACUCCUGUUUGAGCCGAGAAGCGAUACGUCAAGCACAGACCGAGUCUGCACCAGUGGCCAAGAAAGAUGGACACGGUGAUAUCUGGGAAAGAUGGGCGAGCAAGCCCCGAUCGAGGAAGCAGUAAGCGGACUCGUGCAUACACCCUCCACCUGAUCUCGUAUUCUUAUUUACUUCCUCUGUACUUUGCAAAUGUAGCCUGUAUGCCUUUACCAGCCUGGAUAUCCGCGAGGCACUGUGCAUCAAUCUGACGGCCUUGACUAGCUUUCGCUGCCACCGCCUCUUCCAUGUCCCGCGGAACGCAAACAACUCCAUCUUCGUCUGCGAUGAUCCAAUCCCCUGGCACGACAGUGACGCUCGGGAACGACAGCUCCCCUGGAGCGAUGACAAGGGGUUCGUUGAUAGCUGAAGGCCGUGUAAACGUUUGCUGUCCGAGUGUCGAAUGCGAUCUCGCAAACACGGGGAAUCCAAGUGACCGAUGCUCGGCGAGGUCUCUGCAUCGACCAGAUAUGAUAACACCGACGGCUGAACGUGCGAUAGCUCCCGCAGACAUCAGCCCGCCCCACACCGCAUUCUGAGCUUCUAAAAUGGUCAAACCAGAUCGUUUAACGGAACAAGGGGCAAGAAGCGGGCGCGCUGACGAUGAGGUGCAUCGAUCACGAUGACUGAUCCAGCCGGUGCCGUGUCCACAAAGUGCUCCGAUAACUUGGUUGCAGAUUGGUCCGCUGCCAGGACAAAUUUGACGGUGUAAGCCCGGGCGCAGAUCUUUCCAGCGGAGAACAUGCUGAUGCCGGGGAUGAAACCACCAUGUUUAACUCCGAGCUUGACAAGUGCGUCGGAAAUCUCGCAAGACGCGAAUGAAGCAAGCUUUGCCAUGGAUGUGGGUUUGGUGCAAAGAAGCCUCCGUCUCCCCCCGGUAAGCAGCUUACGGGGACUCCCGGUCCGUCAGCGGCACGAAAGCAUCGCGGUCACCUGAUCGCACAAAUUGGACAGUCUCUGCCUCCGCCGAGUCUCUCGGCGUGCGGACACAACCGACUUGGGUGAGAGAGCGGGGUUUAUCAAAUAGCUCUUUUUUCGCAUCUUUUAGAGCACACAAUGUCAUCUCAUGUCGCGGCGGCUGUCUGUUUCAAGGAAGCGAGAAGGCCACGGGGGACAGACGAACGUCAUGGUAAAUUAACAGCUCAAGGAUAUACUGUACUGAAACGAGGCUGAACAUGAGUACGUACGAGUCAGAUUGUACUGCUGCCCGACGACGAGAGACCGAACGGCGAAUACCGGGAGUGUUCGACGGGAGCACGGGGGAAAAAGAUCGGGUCCUCGUACUUGGUGGGCGUCGCCGGAAGCGGCCGGACGUCUUUUCCCGACAUACUCCGAACGUGGGUCGGCAGUAUGUCCGGUCGCGUCACUUGCUGUCUCCCGUUGACGAAAGCAGGGGUCGGGGAUGCGGGUGGCGUCGUGCAGAGAGCGUACGCGUCGAACGAGCUGUUAGAUACACUGUGCAUGAUGGCCUGGGCUAUCGAGCGCUUUUCCUGGCCAGAUGAGAGCUUGUCGGCAAAGACCGUGCCCCUCGG